CUCUAGCAAAACAGAGAGAAAGAGAGAGAAGCAGUAGACCUUAAAAUUGUCAAGUACUUGUUAUUUGCUAUACGGUAGAGUAGUACCACUUCCCUAUUUCUUCAUUACCUCUUUCUAAUACAGAAACUCUUUGUUUAACUCCCUGCCUCAUUAUGAACUCUGUCACUGUCCCAUAAUGUUAGUUAAUGUAAUUUGGGUUCUAUGUUUUCAGCUUACACUGAAGUUAAAUCUAAGGAGUCUUCAAAAAGAGAUGAACUUUCCAAGGAUGAAUUACUUUAUUUCAGUCAGCUUCAUGUUUCCAAGCCUGCAGAUGAGAAGAAAGCAGAAUCAAUACAAAACAGCCCUGAAAAAGGCAAAGGAAAAAUUGAUAUUCAAGCAUAUCUAAGUCAAUGGCAAGAUGAACUUUUGAAAAAAGAAGAAAACAUUAAGGAUUUACCAAGAAUGAAUCAGUCACAAUUUAUUCAGUUUUCAAAGACCCUCUAUAACUUAUUUCAUGAAGACCCUGAAGAAGAAUCAUUGUAUCAAGCUAUUGCUGUGGUAACCAGCCUUCUGCUUAGGAUGGAAGAAGUUGGAAGGAAACUACACAGCCCUACAUAAGCAGCCAAAGGAUUCUCUGACACACACUGUGUUU